AUAUGAAUGCAUUCAACACUGGUUUCGAUUAUUUGGUGACAAAAACAGAAACUGAAAGUCGUUUUGAAUUUGUGUCACAAAAAGAGAUCACAAAUCAAUUGAUCCGAAGAAGUGAUGGCGACUGCGAUGGCAGAGAUGGCAGACAUGGCUGAAGCGGAACGACUGGAAGCGUCUAUGAAUAAGGACGCCAUCGACUUCUUCCGAUCGCUCGUUAACUACAAGACAUCUGCGGGAAAGAGCACUCGUCCGACCAAUUUUGCCGGACAUAUCGGGCGUCACAUGGGAUCUGAUCUGAAGAAGUGGUUUCUGGCCAAAUAUCCCUAUCACUCGGAUUUCGUGAAGUUCUUCCACGAGAACGACAACGUCUUCGUCUAUGACUACAUGUCGGGUGAGGUUAAGCUCCGGCUGUCGUCCACUCAAUACGUAAGGCCCAGACGUUUGGCUUAUCUCGAGAUCCAAUGCUCCGAUCCGUCGGUAAAAGACGACAAAAUGGCGGCCAAUGUCUGCGAAUUGGAGCUCUUUCUGCACGUCUUCCGAGAACUGGUCACCGGUUAUGAG